ACCCACAAACCUACGCCCACAAGCUUCUUUUGCACCUCUUUAGAUUACUCCUCUUUUUGUGAUCUUGGUGUGCCCGCAAUGGCUAUGUCCACGCGCCCUACGCGGUCCCAAAGCCGGACGCCCGCGCCCCGAUCCGCAUCUCCAUCGUCUGCCAGCGGCGACGACGCACGACACGCGGCAAAGCCCGACCAGCCAGCCGACGUAAAGAUGGCCACCGGCGACACUAUUGAGGGAGGUUUGACAUCUUUGCCGAUUGAGCAGCCGGCGCAAGCUGCGCCCGUUCAAGCUGCGCCCGCAAUUGCCCAUACUACCCCACCUACUACCACUUCUGCUCCUCCGCGCGCGACCGCGACUCUGGCGGCAGCAUCAAAGUCUUCCUCAGUCCGGCCCAAAGUCGAAGCAGAGCCCGAGCUUAGCCGCUCUGCCUAUGGCGAUGCGCAUGCAGCACGGGAGCACUUGUACACCCUACAAUUCAUCAAGGCAGCGGAGCAAGUCGACCCCAACUACUUCACCCCCGAACAAAAGGAGGAUCUUUUGAAGCCGUGGCAGGAGAAAGGUGUGCUGAGUAGGAGGCUGCCGGCAACAUGGCUGGAUCCCGAAAUAGAGCGGCCGGACAUGAUGAGUCUCGAGACAGCCCAGUGGCACGCACGGAAGAAGGACGAGAAAGAGAAGGAAUUCCUAAGGCGAUGGUCCAACGGCGAGAUCGACGAGAACGGCAACCCUAUCAAGAGUUCCAACUCGAAUUUGACUUCGGUCGAGGAAGACGAGGAUGGCGAUGGCGACGAUUCGGAUACCAAUGUUGACAGCGUCGACGCGUGCGGCAAAUCAGCACCGUCUACCCAAGCAACAGCGACUGCAAUCCACGCCAUCAAGAAUACUAUCGAUUCCCCUUGGCCCUCUUCCCGAUAUACUCCUGCGUCUGCCGCCGUACCGUCCAACGCCGACCCCAAUCCCAAUCCACGUAAGAGAAAAUCGCCCGCCCCGAAUGACCACUCUGCUCAACCAUCCAGGACCCAAGGCGCCUGUGAAGUUCCCACAAAGAAACAAAAGACUUCGCACGUAUCACGCACGAAGCCCUCGCGACCGUCUUCGUCCACACUUCCUCCACCAAAUGGUCAACUUCCAACGCCAUCGUCGUCAUCCUCUUCCUCGUCUAAACCUCCUGCCAGAAAACCAACUUCCAAAAAGCCGCGACCCCAGCAACCCGCAGUAGUUGCGCCCACGCCUCUCCCCGGUCGCCCAAACUACGCUCCCUACGCAUACACGGAACUUGCUGCACUUUGUAGCCAACGCAACAUCAUGACAAGCGGUAAUGAGCAUGCGCUCCGCGCGAAGCUCAUCCAAGAUGAUAUCAAUGUCCUGCGAGGUCUGUCGCGCGAUGCGAAACACUACAAGGGUGAGCGGGCGAGAGGUCGCAAGGGUGAGCGGGCGAGAGGUCGCAAGACUGCACCACCUUUUGUUCCUGGAGCGCCUGAUGCACCGCCUGCUGUCUUUGCGGUCUCCAAAAAGAGGAAGCGCGGAGAGAACGAUGAGAAGAGCGGGAAGAGCAAGGGAAACGAGAAGAGAAUUAGGUUUGCGGAGUAA